AUGGCAAAAGGGAAUGUGAUGGAGGAUGAGGCUCCUCAAAUGCAGGAAGAGAGCCAGGCAUUGUUGGAAAUGCCAAGGUACGCCAAAUUCAUGAAAGAGCUGGUCACAAAGAAGAGGAGCUUGGACUAUGAAACGAUAGAGGUGCCCCAUAGUUGCAGUGCAAUUAUGACAAAUGAGUCAAUCACUAAGAGAGAAGACCCUGGGGCAUUCACAAUCCCAUGCACAAUUGGCAUGCUCCAAUUCGCUAAAGCUUUGUGCGAUUUAGGAGCAAGCAUUAACUUGAUGCCCUAUGCAAUAAACAAGCAACUUGGUUUGGGUGAACCAAAGGAAACCACAAUGAGAUUCCUCAUGGCUGAUCUAUUAAUCAAGCACCCAGUGGGGAUACUCUAUGACAUAUUGGUAAAAGUAGAUCGGUUCAUCUUUAUGGCUAAUUUUGUGAUUCUAGAUUGUGAGAUCGAUGCUGAAAUCCCCAUUAUUUUGGGAAGGCAAUUCUUAGUCACCAGGAGAGCAUUGGUGGAUGUCGAAAGAGGGAAAUUGAAGUUUCAUGUGAACGAUGAUGAGGUGGCCUUCAAUAUCUGUAAAUCCAUGAAGUAA